UUUCUGAAGCUUUAUAUAUAUGAGAGGCAUAAACAUGUAGAGAGAGUCACCGGUUCCCAGGUGUUGAUCAUUUUCUGUAGUCUGUUCCCAAUAUCACUAUUUUAUUGGUUUUAUUUAUUUUUUCACUAUUGCCCCUUCUUUCUCACCACUCUAACAAACUCUUCUCACACUGCAAAUUCUGAGAGAAACUCAACUCCCAAUUCCACUGCUAAAUAUAUAUAUUCUUCUUUUUCUUCCCCAUCCCUCUGUACCCUUCUGCUAAUUUUCUCAGUUUUUUCAGUUACCCUUUAAAUACUUGUCCAUCUUUUUUCCUUUCCCCCUCACUCUCACCAUUUUCACUUCUCACCUUUUCCUUCAGCAAGGUGAAACCAACCCAUUAAUGGACACUGUGGAGCAGUUAAAGCCGGAGGAGGAGCAGCAGCAGCAGCAGAUGGACAUCAUGACCAUGAUGAUGCAACACCUCCCUCAAUUCUCUGAACCCUAUGGUGACACCAACACCAUCGACGCUUUUCAUCCCCAACAAGACUUCUACAGUAACAACAACAAUAUACGCAGUGGAAGCACCAUGCCACUAGCAGAUUUACUAGACAAUAACCCUCCCAGCCCCUUACCUUGGUCCUCUUACUCAUUCACGCACUUAACACCAUCAACCACAUCCUCCGCUACACUCUCUUUCUCCGACACCACCAACAACAACCCUACCCCAAUAAUGCUUCAACAAACCCCAACCGAGGGUGCAACUGCAACUGCAACUGUAAACCCUUACGGUGAGAAGCGGAACUCGAUGGCGGCGAUGAGGGAGAUGAUAUUCAGGAUGGCGGCGAUGCAGCCGAUACACAUAGACCCGGAGUCGGUGAAGGCGCCGAAGCGGAGGAACGUGAAGAUUUCGAAGGACCCUCAGAGUGUGGCAGCGCGGCACCGCAGGGAGAGGAUCAGCGAGAGGAUAAGGAUCCUGCAGAGACUGGUCCCUGGAGGGACCAAGAUGGACACCGCGUCGAUGUUGGAUGAGGCCAUUCACUACGUCAAGUUUCUGAAAACGCAGGUUCAGUCGCUGGAACGCGCUUCUGCUAACAAUAUUAGGCCACUUGUCGGUGUUAACGCACCAGGGAUAGGGUUCCCUGUUGCUAUGUCUGGUUCUAUUAGGACUUCUACCACUUCCCCUUCCAAUUCCACCCCUUAUUUUCCUCUGCCUAAUACCUAUGAUUAAGGAUUCCCUUACUGUGUAAAACCUAGUUAGUCCAUUCAUAAACACUCUUAUAUAUAUAAUUAAGGCUUAGCCUCUCUGGAUUAUAUAUGUAUAUUGGUGCAAAUUAUAUGUAUAUGCACCUAUCCGCCGCAUCUCAUAUCGGGCUUCUGUUCCAAAUCCACUUCUGUUAAACUGUUAUCAACAAUAACAAAAACU